CACCCCCUGACAGGGAGAGCUCUCCGUGGUGCUGACAACAGAACAACACAUUCAGGCUCAAGCUUCCUCUCAGCUGCAAAGGGAAAGGCAAAGCGAGACACAAGAAACAAAAACACAACACGAAUGCUUACGGAGACAACCUUGUGUAUUAGUGUGACCGAAAUAUUAUUUCAAAGGGACUCAGCAAGAAAAAGAGCUGUGGAAGAAAGAGAUGGACACCGAGCAAGAGAGAGAGGCUGAUGUAUUAGAGUAAGGUGUCUACAGUAGGCAGUGGGCGUGUUCUUCUUGUUUUCGUGUAUAGCUGGGAAGCUCAGUGUCAUCUGCUUAAGCACCGAGGUACUGUGCUGAACAGGACAGAGGAAAUCGGCAGGGAAUACAAGAACCCUUGGUCUACCUCAUCCACAAGAGCACCACGGAUGUGGAUUCCCUUUUUUACUAUUGUCAUGAGACUUUGAUCUAAUAGAACGUACAAAGAAACACUCCAAGAAAGAAGAAUCUGAAGUGGACUUUAAAGCCAACUUGGCUAUGCAACUGUGAGAGGACUUUGAUUUGAAAAGAUGUGAUGUGCAUUUUUGCAAUGCAUGCAGUGGCAGUUGUGUGCUGCGUGUUUAGCGCACGCACAUGUGCUUAGAAGUGAAGCUCUCACAGCUGGCUCGGAGUCUGGCAGCAUCUGGAUUGGAGGUGUACUAUAUUUGGCCCAGGAGAAGGGAGCACUGGGCAGGGCACCUGAUGGCCCAGCUCUCUUCUAGUUCCAUCUUCAUCCUGGGUCACUGGGACUCCUUCUAGUGGGACACAAUCUGUUGGAAAAAAAAACAACAAAAAACGAUGGACGGAGGUCUAUGUGGAUUUAAGUGGAAGAGUGCAUGGAUCGUUCUGCAUAGGUCAGAGUUCAUUGUUGCACUGUGGACUCAGGGAAAGACAGAAGACACUUUGAUCUACACCACAGUAAAGACAAAGCCCUAUUAAUGCAGUGCACAGACUUGAAGAAUGAUGAGCUCCAAAGAGGAGGAAACUUUCAGCUUUUUCCAAUAUGUUGAGGAGAAUGGGCUGAGAGCCUACAACAGCUUGUUGGCUCAGAACUUGGACCACACCAGGAAUGAAAGAAACAGGACAUUCCUGCAGGAAAAAAACGAGAAGAAAAGAAAACAGGAGGAAGCCAUAAGGAGAACUGGUGAGGAUAUAGCAACAGAAGGCAAGCACCUGCGUAUGGGCUCAAUAACCAUGCCUGAGCCCCAGGAGCGAAUGCCCUUGCCCCACCUGCACACUAUCGCUUGCGGGCAGGGCUUUUCUGUCCGCUCCCAGUCCCUCCACUCUGUUGGUGGCGGUAACACAGGAGGAGGAGGAGGAGGAGAUGAGGAAGUGGGGAGUCCCACCUCUAGGAAGCAGCCACCACCUAAGCCUAGGAGAGACCCGGCUACCAAGCUGAGCAUGUCGUCUGAAGCAGUGGACCACAGUGCCAUGUCCACCUGCCGUGGGGAGAGAUGUGACGCAGUACAAGGAUGCAAUGAGGACUGCAGAAGGGUGCCACCUCCAAAACCCAAGAGGAACCCCAACACACAACUUAGUGUUUCCUUUGACGAGUCCUACAUUAGGAGUCACGGAAGCAGUGGGGUGUGCCUGUCCAAGCACCUCCACCACACCACAUCCCCUUGCGAACUUAACCCCUCACCUCCACAGAGUGACGAGAGUCCCACAGACGAGUGUGAGGAUGAGCCUGUCUACAUAGAAAUGGGGGGGAUUGACAUAGGGCCACGAGAACCAUUGAAGAUUGAGGAUGAAGAGCCAGGAGAGUCUGUGUACGAGGAAAUGAAGUAUCCAGCCCUGGAUGAUAUGGAGUACCGCACUGAUCCUGUUGGAUGUCGUUCUGCCUGCCCCACCCCAGCACCCUACGACCCUGAGCCUCUCAGUCGCUGCUCCACCCCUCGAAACAUCCCCCUCUGUGACAUUCCUGCACCCUUUCCCAAUUUACUCACUCACCGACCGCCGCUGCUGGUGUUUCCACCAGCACCAGCCCAGUGCUCACCAAACUCAGAUGAGUCUCCCCUCACACCUUUAGAUGUAGCCAAAUUACCAAUGCUGGAGAACCAGCCCUAUAGCAAAUCCCCGACCUCUUCAAAUGAACCUCCUUCUUCUGCUCACAUCCGCAGGGAGCUCACUGCUACCCCAACACUUACAGUUUCUGGCCGCUCCUCUGCACCUCCACUCCCCUGUACGCUUUACAAAUCCUCCUCAACAUCAUCCUAUCAGCGUAGCCAUUCUGCCUGCCCAUCACCGGUCAGCAUGGGCCGCUGUCUCACCCCUCUGAGCCUAAUGCGUACACCUCCAUUUGAUGCUCCAAUGCCUUUUCCCGGGGGUCUCCCUCGGAGUGCAUCUGCAACCCCUCAUGGCAAAGGUUCACCACCUCAAGAAGGUGUUGGACGACUCCACGGGUCUAUGCAGAAUGUGUCAACAGGUCGUUCACGGACACCCACCAGUCCACUUGAUGAACUAACAAACCUGUUCACCACAGGCAGGAAUAUGCUGAAGAAAAAUGCCAGUGGAAGGAAAUCUAAAGAACCUGGAGAGACUGAGUCUAAGGUCAAGUCUCACAGUGAUUCCAAGCGUGAAGGUAAGGAACGCCACAGCAAGGAUUCCAAACGUGAGUCCAAAGAGCGCCACAGCAAGGAGUCUUCCCAUCGAAGAGAAAGAGACAAAGACAAAGACAAAGAUAGGGGCAGCAGCAAUACAGAACCUCCGACCCACAGACGGAACAGUCGAGACCGCACCUCCAGCAGUACAGAUGUGCCCCUUGUCCGCAGGGAUAGUAAGGAUCAAGCCUCCAGUGGUCUAGAGCCCAUCUCUGGGAGACGGGACUCCAAAGACAAAAGCUGCAGCUCCUCAGACCCCAUACCUUUAAUUAGAAAAGACUCCAAAGAAAGAUGUUUUAGCAACGGUGAACUAAUUCCAAGGAAAGACGGCAAAGAUCGGGGUGGAGGACAUGCAAUAGAGUUUUCACAAAGACAGGAAAGCAAAGACAGAGACAAACUAAUAGAUCAGCAACACGAGCCCUUAUCAAAACAAGACAGCAAAGAAAGGGCAAGAAAUGGUUUGGACUCAAAGCAAGAUAGCAGAGACCGUGUAGGUGAACUUCUGCCUCGUCAAGAAAGUAAAGACAGAACUAGAAAUGGACCAGAAUUUAGGCAUGAUUGCAAAGACAAUCGUACUGAUUUGUUACUUCAUCAAGAGAGUGUAGACAGAGAAAGAAGUAGCACUGAACAUAAAUAUGAAGGACGAAUAGACCAGCCACCUGAAAUGUUGCUGAGACAAGAAACAUCACGGAGCAACAAGGUUGAUUUUAAGUAUGAAGGAAGAGAUCGGAAUUGCCACAAUGGAGGGGAUCUUCCUCCCCCACUUUUACCAAGGCAGGAAAGUAAAGACUUGAGUAGGACAGGCCUUGAAGUGAGACGGGACAGCAAAGACAGAAGUCUGAAUGGCUCAGAGCAGCAUCUUUAUGAUUUCAAAUGCAGCAAGAGUCCUCCGGCAACGGAGUACAGGUGUGAUAAAGAGCGUGGACACAGGUCAGAUGGUACGCCGAGGCAUAACAACAGAGCUAAUCACAAUAUGGACCAGUCAAAAGCACAAGAGAGAAGUGGCAGCACAACUUCAGGGCAACAUUCAUCCACUACUACACCCACUCACCAUGGGAAAUCAUCCGGUAGCCCACCUUUGUCUGCAGGAACUGGAAACGAUUUGAAAACUCCAUCCAAGUUUAGUCGCUCCCCUUCAAUGCCCAAUAACCCUUCCCCACUUGGAACGCCACAGAGGAGAGCUGCAGAAACACAUCAAAGUCAGAUGCUGCAGAUGCCAUGGAUCUGUGGAGACACCACUAUGCUAGAUCAGAUAGAAAGAAAACGGACCCUCUGUGCGGAGAUCCUCUCCAGACAGCAUCCACACUUGCAGAGAUAUCUGGAAAGGCCUCCACCUCCUGACAAGAAUGAGGACAGGCACCUGGAGCGAAGUCAGUGCAAGCAGGAAAGUGUGUCUGUCCUCGCUGGCUGUGGAAAGAGCAGUGGAACCAAGAAGAUCCGACCUCCCCCAUACCCAACACAGACAACUGUAUUCUGGGACACAGCCAUCUGACAUUAAAAACAAAACAAAACAAAAAAAAACAACUUUAUCCUCUGUACCACAUAACACCCACAUACUCACUUCUUCUCCCUGUUUGGUGGUACUGGGGCCCCCCCUGCAACAAUACUUCAGGGUGAUCACAAAGAGCACUGGAAGGAGGAGGGGGGGCGGUGAUACUUGCUGAUGUCAGGACCAUAGUGGUUACUACUGCAAUAUUUCUGCUUGUUCAGGUUGUCACAUUUUCUUAUCAUCACUGGUGAUAUUUGAUAUUUUUCUAUUUCUUGUGACUGGACUCUUGUAUAUUGAUAAGUAGAGUAGAUAUCCAAUAAUGAAUAGUUAUUUUCUAAAUAAGAUGAUGGGGUACAAAAAGCAUCUAAAAUUAUUAUUAAAUUAGAUUUCAAUGCAAUCUAAUAUUUGUUUCCAUGUUAAUUUUUUGUUUAGUUUAUUUUACAUUAAAAAAACAUAAUCUAUCAGUACUUUUACUGUAGUAGCAUAAUUUUUUUAUGCCCAACUCUUUCUUUGUGUAUGUGUGCAAAAGCACUUAAAUGAAUGAACUGUUCAAUUCUAUCUAUACUCUUCACAUUUUCACUGUUGUACUGUAAGUCAAAGAGUGAAAGUUAACUUGCUUUAGAUGCCAGCGGGCUCUCAAAGCCUUUACAACUAUGUUCUAGAAUGUACAACAGUAGGUCCUAGAACAGAUUCAAUUUCACUUUUGUGAAUCACGGUUACAAGCUGUGUGCUCACAAACUCUAAGCCUUUCUGAAGUCAUUUGGUUGGCUUGUUGUAACACACAUAGAAGUGUUAUGAAGUAAUCUUUAAAAAGAAAAAAAAAGAAAAAAGCUAUGAGGUAGUGUUUGAUAGGUAGUAAAUUAGAAAGUACUUUUUUUUUUUAAAGUCUCAUUAUGAUGACCAACCAAAGCCUGUUGACAUGUCGAAUCUGCAGUGCCGGUUUUAAAUAAGGGCAAUAAGGGGAGUUGUCCUGAAAAGAGGGUGUAUUAGAAAAGAGGGUGCAUGACAACCAGAUAAACAAGAAUAACACUAGUUGUGCCAUUCUCAAGUUUUCUAUUGCUUUUUUUGCAGUUAAGCAGGAGUCCUCUGCUUAUCUGCUUUGUGUGAGACUAUCUUCAAUUUUUCAAAACCCCAAAUCUCAGAUAAUGUUCCGCUUUUAAACUUGUUGGGUUGCCGCAGCACGAUAAUCUCGCUUAGAGCACCAUUAAUAUAAAAACUGCCACAGCAUAUUGGUGCGAUUGCACUCAGAUGGUUGGGUAUUUGUAAAAUAGUUCUUGGCAGGAGCUGGUGAGUAAUGUCACCCUUGUAAUGCCGUGCACAAUGUGACCACCAUAAUAGUGUAAAUACCUGAUACCAACAGCUAGCCCGUACAAUCAAGACCUAAGCUUUUAGUGAAUUUCCUGAUUUUACAGCAGAUUAUUAUAGCCAUAUGCACUUGAAGAAAUCUUUCAAUGUUAUGCUUAUAUAUUUUUUGGUAAAAGAUAAGAGUGAUGAGUUGUACCAUGUAUGUUUUAAUUUAUUGGCUGGAAAGUAAAGCCUCAGGAGUCUGGCUGCGUUCGACAUGCAGUCAUCUAUAUUUGGUUGUCACUGACAAUGUUCCCAGUCCAGAAUUUGUUGGCAACCACUUUAGAAAUAUCAGAUUGUUUAAGGACCUAUCACAUUGCAGUCAAAAAGACAAGGCAUUGCACAAUGGCCUUUAAAACAUUUGGGCUUCUUUUUUUUUUGGGAAAAAAAAAGAAAAAAAAACAGCACUAAUGAUUAUUUUCUAAUACACAGAAUCAGGCUGGUUACCUAUAUGUCUUUCCCUCCCUGUUUCCACCCUCUACCUCAGACCCUGUUUUAUAUCUCAAUUGGUAUUCCUUUUGUACAUUAAACAUAAUGUCAACAUUACCAAAAGAACCAUUAAUUUGACAAAUGAGCCAGUCCUGAGUGUAUAAGUGCAGCAGCCCUUUCUCUGGUGAGGAUUAAAGAAAAACAAUACCUUGUGUUGUUACUGUACGUGUGUAAGGGAAAAGGCUGUGUGUGUGCGUGUGGGGGCGUGGGGGCCUGUGGGUGUGUUUGUGAGUGUGUGCCAAGCUACACAAGUUUGCAAGUCGCAAGUUCAAAAUGAUUGUUUUAAAGACAUUCACUUUGCUAUGUCAUGACAUUGACGGGUGAAGGGUGGAAAUGUAUUAUUAAGGCUGUACAAUCUUUUUGUGUGUAUAAACAUGCACUGUGAAAAGGUAGAGAGAGCACCGCACUGUCAGUCCUCUGUCUGUAUUGCACUGUGUUCUCGUUUUGCGUUAUAUAAAAAAAUGAAAAAGGAAAAAAAAAAGUACUGUAUUCUGAUUGUCACUUGGGUUUUGUUGAGAGAAAUAAAUAAAUAUUAAUUUCAAA